GCCCAGUAGAACAAUUUACUACAGGUUGGAGCAUACACACACGCACUACGAACUUAAUUAAAGCUACUACAGAAAUUUAUCCCACCCAUUCCUCGCUUUCAUCAGGGAAGAGAGAGGGAGGAAGAAAGCUAUCAACGGCGACGCGGCGGUCCAGCAGAUCCGUACUGCUCGGGGGAUCUGGGGGAAGGGAGAACCGGUGGGGGCCGCCUAUGCGUCGGUGAGGGCCCAGUCGGCGCUAGAGCAGGAAUGGCGGCGGCGGUGUUGGGGAGAGGGAGGUGGCGACCGGUGGUCGUCGCUGUGUUGAUGGUUGUUGCGGGGGUGGGCCAUGUCGUCGCCAACACGGAGGGUGAUGCUCUGUAUAACCUGCGUCAGAGUCUGAAGGAUAGCAAUAAUGUAUUGCAGAGUUGGGAUCCCACUCUUGUUAAUCCUUGUACAUGGUUUCAUGUUACAUGUAACAACGAUAACAGUGUAAUUAGAGUUGACCUUGGAAAUGCACAAUUAUCCGGUGUACUAGUGUCCCAGCUUGGGCAGCUGAAAAAUCUCCAAUAUUUGGAGCUUUACAGCAACAACAUAAGUGGGCCAAUACCUGCUGAACUGGGCAACCUAACUAGCCUGGUCAGUUUGGAUUUGUAUCUGAACAAGUUCACAGGAGUUAUUCCUGACAGCCUGGGGAAUCUUUUGAAGCUUCGAUUCCUCCGUCUUAACAACAACAGCAUGUCGGGUCAAAUUCCUAAAUCCUUGACUGAUAUCACUACUCUUCAAGUACUCGAUCUCUCAAACAACAACCUCUCAGGAGCAGUUCCAUCUACUGGCUCCUUUUCGCUCUUCACCCCUAUAAGUUUUGCGAAUAAUCCACUUCUUUGUGGUCCUGGUACCACAAAACCCUGCCCUGGGGAUCCUCCUUUUUCCCCACCUCCUCCAUACAAUCCUCCAACACCACCAACUCAAUCAGCAGGUGCCUCUAGCACUGGAGCUAUCGCAGGUGGCGUUGCUGCUGGUGCUGCACUGGUGUUUGCUGUUCCUGCUAUUGCAUUUGCAAUGUGGCGCCGUCGUAAACCUGAAGAACAUUUCUUCGAUGUGCCUGCCGAGGAAGAUCCAGAAGUUCAUCUUGGUCAGCUUAAGAAGUUCUCAUUGCGAGAGCUUCAAGUUGCAUCUGACAACUUUAAUAAUAAGAACAUUUUAGGAAGAGGUGGUUUUGGAAAAGUGUACAAGGGGAGGCUUGCAGAUGGUACAUUGGUAGCGGUGAAAAGACUAAAAGAGGAACGUACCCCUGGUGGCGAGCUUCAGUUCCAAACAGAAGUUGAGAUGAUUAGCAUGGCAGUGCAUAGGAACCUUCUCCGACUUCGUGGUUUUUGCAUGACACCUACUGAACGAUUACUAGUCUAUCCAUACAUGGCCAAUGGCAGUGUUGCAUCACGUUUGCGAGAGCGUCAGCCAUCUGAACCACCCCUUGAUUGGGAUACCAGAAGACGAAUUGCACUUGGAUCUGCAAGGGGACUCUCUUACUUGCACGAUCACUGUGAUCCCAAGAUCAUCCACCGUGAUGUCAAAGCUGCAAAUAUUCUUUUGGACGAGGAUUUCGAGGCGGUUGUGGGUGAUUUUGGGCUUGCCAAACUUAUGGAUUACAAGGAUACUCAUGUAACUACUGCUGUUCGUGGAACAAUUGGACACAUUGCUCCUGAGUACCUAUCCACUGGAAAGUCCUCUGAGAAGACUGAUGUUUUCGGCUACGGAAUCACACUUCUGGAGCUUAUUACUGGGCAGAGGGCAUUUGAUCUUGCUCGCCUUGCAAAUGAUGACGAUGUUAUGCUUCUUGACUGGGUGAAAGGAUUGUUGAAGGAGAAAAAAGUUGAGAUGCUGGUGGACCCAGACUUGCAGAGCAACUAUGAAGAGACCGAGGUGGAAUCUCUGAUCCAGGUAGCGCUGCUGUGCACGCAGGGCUCGCCAGUGGAGCGCCCCAAGAUGUCGGAGGUCGUGAGGAUGCUGGAAGGUGACGGCUUGGCAGAGAGAUGGGAGGAAUGGCAGAAGGUGGAGGUGGUCAGGCAGGAGGCAGAGUUGGCUCCUCUUCGCAACGACUGGAUUGUUGACUCCACAUAUAACCUCCGCGCCGUGGAACUGUCUGGCCCAAGAUGACCAACGUCCUGGCAUAGGCAAAAAUCACCAUUUGAUCAGUCAUUCAGCCUAAUUGUUGUUUGUGAAUAUGAAAGGUAGCUUGUACUCUUUUGUUUAAUGACAAUUUUAAAGGAUGCAUUUUCCCCCCAUUCUCCUCCACACCGAGAAGUUAUGCUAGGCUGCAGUCAUUUGUUAAGGUGAAAGGCAUACAUUUUGUGUUGAAUUUGCAAGGCACUGUUGUAUCAAUCUGAUAAAAGUGCAAUGUGUUAUUCUGUGAUCC